AUGGGCUUGGCUGGUGCCGUGGUCGUGGUGCUGCAGCUGGCAGAUGGGGAAGGCUGUUCUCCUCUGGCACAGGAGCUGAUUAAGGAGAGAGUGGCCCCAGAGAGACCCAGCAAUGAGUUUUGGCCCAGUUGGUCAAGCUGGGAGCUGCCCGACCUGCGAGAAGGAAGAGUAAAAGCCAUCAGCGAUUCGGACGGCGUGAGCUACCCCUGGUACGGAAACACCACAGAAACUGUGACCCUGGUCGGGCCCACUAACAAGAUCUCCAGGUUCUCGGUGAGCAUGAAUGACAAUUUCUACCCCAGCGUGACGUGGGCUGUCCCUGUGAGCAACAGUAACGUGCCGCUGCUGACCAGGAUUAAAAGGGACCAGAGCUUUACCACAUGGCUGGUGGCCAUGAACACCACCACCAAGGAAAAGAUCAUCUUGCAGACUAUAAAGUGGAGGAUGCGAGUGGACAUUGAGGUUGAUCCCAUGCAGCUGCUGGGGCAGCGGGCACGGCUGGUGGGAAGGACUCAGCAGGAGCAGCCCCGGAUCCUCAGCAGGAUGGAACCCAUCCCACCAAACGCACUAGUGAAACCCAACGCCAACGAUGCCCAAGUCCUCAUGUGGAGACCCAAGCGAGGCCAGCCUAUAGUCGUGAUACCUCCCAAGUAG